AUGGGUAAAGGAAAGCCAAGAGGUCUCAACGCCGCCCGCAAGCUCCGCAACCAUCGCCGUGAGGGACGAUGGGCCGAUCUCCACUACAAGAAGCGUCUCCUCGGAACCGCUUUCAAGUCUUCUCCCUUUGGUGGUUCUUCCCACGCCAAGGGUAUCGUCCUUGAGAAGGUCGGUGUUGAGGCCAAGCAGCCCAACUCCGCUAUCCGAAAGUGUGUCAGGGUUCAGUUGAUCAAGAACGGAAAGAAGGUCACCGCUUUCGUCCCCAACGACGGUUGCUUGAACUUCGUGGACGAGAACGACGAAGUCCUCCUUGCCGGUUUCGGUCGCAAGGGCAAGGCCAAGGGUGAUAUUCCCGGUGUGCGUUUCAAGGUCGUCAAGGUUUCCGGUGUCGGUCUCUCGGCACUCUGGAAGGAGAAGAAGGAGAAGCCCAGAUCAUAG